UGACCUUUUGCCACGCCCCAAUUGUCACGGUUAUAGGCGGAACCGUGACAAAAGGUCAAUUAUCACGGUUUUAAAAGGAACCGUGACAAAAGGAAAUAAUAUUUUAUUAUUAUUGUUUUGGAACCGUGACAACAGAAGUUCAAUAUCUGGCUCUUAUUUUUCCCUCCCCUCCAAUUUUUCCUGAAAAACCCUACCACUGCACCCUAACCUCUUCUCGCGCGCUCUCAAUCGGUCUCUCUCCAAUAUCUGCCUUCUCAAUCGGUCUCUCUUUCCUGCUCCCUCUCAAUCGCCGGUCGCCGUUCUCCGUCACGCCGUUCGCCGUUCGCGCCGUUCUCGGUUCACGCCGUUCUCUGUCACGCGCACUUCUCUCUCUCGAGCACCAUUGCAAAGCCCAGAUUUAUUCGAAGUUGAAGAUCGAAGAGCCAAGCUGAUUGCCACUGACUUAGAGGACCAGUCUGAUUCUAAAUAUCCAGGUAUGGACCGUAAAUGGAUGUUUGCUAAUCGCUUAUCCGAUGAAUAUGCUGCUGGGGUGAAAGAGUUUGUUAAAUUUGCGGUUCAAAAUGCAAAGAACCCAAAUAGUUUGCUAUGCCCUUGUUUAGUUUGUUGGCAUGGUAUUCGAGUUAAUCCAUCUGAAUUAGAAGAUCAUCUAAUUUGCAAGGGAAUUGAUAAAAACUAUAUAUGUUGGUCAAAUCAUGGCGAGUCCAGAUUUGAUUCUGGUGAUGCAGCAGAUAGUGUGAGAUCUGCCUCAUUUGGAGCAGAGGAAGAUGCAUGUGAUGGUGACUGUGUUGAGGAAAUGGCGAAGGCGGUUGAAGAUGAUCUUCGUGAUUGUCCUCAAAUGUUUGAGAGGCUGAAAAAUGAUGCGGGGACACCUCUUUAUAAUGGAUGCUCUAAAUUCACAAGACUAUCUGCGGUCUUAAAGCUGUACAACUUGAAAGCUGCCAAUGGAUGGACUGAUACGAGCUUCACCAACCUACUAACACUCUUAAAAGAUAUGCUUCCAGAGGGAAACGUUCUUCCCGGUCGACUAUAUGGGAAACUUGACUGA